GGCAAUAGUGUUGGUUGUCUCAGGCAGGAGCACGCCGAGGUUCCUUGAGAGUGAAGUUGCAGCAAAGAUGGUGCUGAAAGCAGUCUGCGUGCUGAAAGGAGCCGGGGAGACCACCGGCACGGUUUACUUCGAGCAGGAGAAUGAUGCGUCCCCUGUCAAGCUGAAGGGCGAAAUCAAAGGCCUUGAACCAGGCGAGCACGGUUUCCACGUGCACGCUUUUGGAGAUAAUACAAAUGGGUGCAUCAGUGCUGGACCCCACUUCAAUCCCCACAACAAGAGUCAUGCUGGUCCUACUGAUGUCGAUAGACAUGUGGGGGACCUGGGGAAUGUGACUGCAGGAAGCGAUAAUAUCGCCAAGAUAGACAUCACAGACAAGAUGCUCACCCUUACAGGCCCCCUCUCCAUCAUUGGCCGAACCAUGGUGAUUCAUGAGAAGGCUGACGACUUAGGAAAAGGAGGAAAUGACGAGAGCCUGAAGACGGGCAAUGCUGGUGGACGUCUGGCAUGUGGAGUCAUCGGAAUCACUCAGUAAUCAAGUCUGCCAGAACAGUGAAGCACUGGAAGCAGCACAUCCCGACAGCACUUAAUACGACCAACGUAGCUACUUAAUGUGACAUUUUGUCCUUUUCAAUUCUGAGAAUUUGUGUGACUAGUCAGGAAAGUAGAUAAGCCAUGCUUUGCCCUGUCUGUUUCUAAUGACAUUAUCGUAUGUGUGCAUAUUAGUUUUGGUCCCAAAGAGUUGGUUACGCACAAUUAAAAAUGUAAAUAAAUACUUGAUCUGAUGU